AUGCCUUCUCAACGGCGAACAAGACUGUUCGCGAUCGCUGUACUCGCGAUCAUCAUCCUGACGUUCUAUUACUCGGGCGAAGGAAGCAGUAUUCAAAACCAAAAGUUCUACAAAUCAACCCUCGAAGCGAUGAGGGCGAAGGAGGAUGCGAAGCAUGCGAAGAUCCAGGAUACUGUGGUUAAACCCAUUGUCGGGGGGUCAGGAAGCGCUGGCAGUGCAGAGAAGCCGGCUAUUCCUGUCGCGAACGUGAAUGAUGACAUGGAGGAGAUCUCUAUUGCCGGCCGGACGAAGAUGACUGUUCCCAAGAAGGUUUCUCAGGAUGCUUUGUCGCCCGAGCAAGGCUCAGGAUUGGGAUCUGCAUCUGAGUCCGCAUCCGAUAUCGAGCCUGAAGAGGAGGAAAAAGUGGAUGCAAAGCUUGUGCUGGAUGCCAUUCUUAAGCGCGCACCUAUUAUCAUUUUCUCGAAAUCCUACUGUCCCCACAGCAAGAGAGCCAAACAUAUUCUAUUGGAUGGAUAUACCAUCUCGCCUGCGCCGUUGGUCGUCGAGCUCGACCAGCACCCCAUCGGAGCGGAACUACAGGCCCUCCUCAAGGAGAGCACGGGUCGGGGCACUGUUCCCAAUGUUCUGGUCAAUGGCAAGAGUAUUGGUGGAGGUGAUGAUAUUGCUGCGUUGGACCAGAGCGAUGACCUGGCGUCAAAGCUACGGGAGUAUGGCGGCAAGUGGGUUGCGGAUGUGUCGCGAGGCCCACCAAAACAACACGCGUGA